GUUCAGUCUGUGCUUCGCUCCGAGCACACGCUAUAUUAACUAUAUGAAAAUUGCCAUAGAAAAAAGUAGUUGUUUAAUUAGUGCGUGGUAUCAUUGUGCAGGUGAUAAAAACAGUAACAAAGCCUAAGACAAGAUGUUUGAUGUAUUUGGCUCCGUUAAGGGGCUGCUAAAAAUCGAUGCAGUAUGCAUCGACAACAAUGUGUUUCGAUUGCAUUACAAAGCCACCGUUAUAAUAUUGAUAGCCUUCUCUCUACUGGUAACUAGCAGACAAUACAUCGGGGACCCUAUUGACUGCAUAGUAGACGAUAUUCCGCUGAAUAUAAUGGACACCUAUUGUUGGAUUUAUUCAACAUUUACCAUUCCAAAUAGAUUGAUUGGAAGAGUAGGAAAAGACAUGGUACAGCCUGGAGUUACAGGUCAUGUCGAUGGCCAAGAUGAAGUUAAGUAUCACAAGUAUUAUCAGUGGGUGUGUUUUGCCCUCUUUUUCCAAGCAAUGCUUUUUUACGUUCCCCGUUAUUUAUGGAAAACGUGGGAAGGUGGUCGUAUCAAAAUGCUUGUGCUCGACCUAAACAGCCCUAUCGUAAACGAAGACUGCAAACAAGACCGAAAGAAGCUGCUUAUAGAAUAUUUUGCAUCAAAUUUACAUUUGCAAAAUUUUUACGCAUUCCGAUUUUUCAUUUGUGAAAUUCUUAAUUUGGUCAAUGUCAUAGGGCAAAUAUUUUUUAUGGACUUUUUCUUGGAUGGGGAAUUCAGCACAUAUGGUAGCGACGUGCUUAAAUUUACUGAAAUGGAGCCAGAAGAACGUGAAGACCCAAUGGCUAGGGUGUUUCCCAAAGUAACAAAAUGUACAUUCCAUAAAUAUGGUCCUUCCGGUUCGGUUCAGAAGUUCGACGGCCUUUGUGUAUUGCCAGUCAACAUUGUCAACGAGAAGAUAUACGUGUUCCUAUGGUUUUGGUUCAUAAUUCUUAGUGUAUUGUCCUGCAUUUCAAUCAUUUACCGUGUUUGUGUUAUUUUUGGGCCCAAACUUCGUCUUUACCUGCUUAGAGCCAGGUGUCGCAUAGCAGCCCAGGAUCAAAUAGAAACCAUCGCCAAUAAGUGUGAGAUAGGAGACUGGUUUGUGUUGUACCAGUUGGGUAAAAAUAUCGAUCCCCUUAUCUUUAAAGAAAUUAUUUCGGAUUUGUCUAAAAAGAUUGAAGGAAAAGAGCAAGUCUAACAUUUAUUUAUGCAUUUAAUUUAUUAUUCGUUCGUCGACAAUAAAUUAUUUUAAUUAGCGUGCCUUUAUGAACAAUUUAAAGACUUGGAAGGAAGUUUAGAGCACAUUGGCUGCGCGAGCAGCUUCGCUUUAGUGCAAACACAAUAAACCAACCGCGUGCAAGUCAUGAUUGGAGUAUCAUCAUUCCAAAAUCCUUCGCUCUAAAGGAGCAAUUACUGUUUUCCAUAAAGUUCUGUGAUGACAGAAAAGACUGUAGUAUUAUUAUAUCGUGUGACAAUUCGGCCCUUGUAUCCCUCCAUGGGUUCGGCUGUGACAUAUCACGCAAUAUACUUUUUCUAUACGAAGCGAUAAAAAUAUACUGUCAAACAAACUAUAAUAUACUGCAUAAUAUGCAUACAUUUGUAUUAGCAACAGGUUGUUAUAAAUGUAAACACAUUUGUUAUUGCUUAAAUAUUUUACAUAAUAAACUUAAAUUGUAUCACUUCGUAUAAAGUUGUAUAGCUCAAAUAGGUCAUUCCCUAUAAGCCUGACAAAAUUUUUCGCUUUAGAAUCGUAACAAAUAAAGUUUGAAGACUCACUGCCAAAAAUAGCGUAACCAAAUUUGAUUGGCUAUCACACAGGACUUUAAGAGUUCCUCUCGUUAAAAAUUAGGCCUUUUUUAGGUUGGCCUAAUGUUGUACAAAAUAUUAAAUAAAUUUGUUUUAGGCGAGUGUGAACUCUCUGUGAUAGAUCUGCUAUACCUAUUUCUGUGCCCUAUUUGUAUUGUAUCACUUAGUUUUGUAAUUAGGUUUCAUCAUUAAAUGCAUAUGUGAUUUUUAGAUAUUAGUCUAGAUUAAGUUCCAUACGUACAAUUCCAAACAAUCGAGUGUAAUUAUUUUUUAUUAUUAUGAUAUUGUCAUUAUGUAUAAGACGCGGAUGUGUUCAGACUAUUAUAUUAUUAUAUUGUAUAUUAUAGAUAUAUCAAACGGAAAGUGCCUUUUAAAUUUUGUAUGGAAUUUUAUA